GAAAUUAUGGCGUACCGGGGAAAGAUUGUCAGCUUAGAGAAGAGAGAAGCGGGUAAGACAAUGCCAGGAGGGGCGGGUAAUACAUGGGUUUCUUUUUUUUUUCUUUAAGAAACUUCUUUUAUUUUGAGAAAUCUCUUUGAAUAUAAGAAAUCUCUUUGUCUUUAAGAAACCUCUUUGUCUUUAAGAAACCUCUUUGUCUUUAAGAAACCUCUUUGUCUUUAAGAAACCUCUUAGUCUUUAAGAAACCUCUUUGUCUUUAAGAAGCCUCUUUGUCUUUAAGAAACCUCUUUGUCUUUAAGAAACCUCUUUGUGUUUAAGAAACCCUUUUGUCUUUAAGAAACCUCCUAGUAUUUAAGAAACCUCUUUGUCUUUAAGAAACCUCCUAGUCUUUAAGAAACCUCUUUUUCUUUAAGAAACCUCGUUGUCUUUAAGAAACCUUUUUGUCUUUGAGAAACCUCCUAGUAUUUAAGAAACCUCCUAGUCUUUAAGAAACCUCCUAGUCUUUAAGAAACCUCUUUGUCUUUCAGAAAUUUCCUAGUCUUUAAGAAACAUCCUAUGUUGUUGGGAUAUCUCUUUUUCUUGAAGAAACCUCAUUGUCUUUUAGAAAUCUCUUUAUUUCCUGCUCUCGGAAUUCAACCUUUUAUUUUAAAUGAACACAACAGAGACCCGGAAGCGGUUACAAAAUCUCCAGCAGAAGGUGGCCAGUGUCAUGGCGGAGCUGAACAUGGUCGACGAUAAUCCUCUACAGGAUGCCUUGUCUGACACGGCGAUAGACUCAAACAGUUCCCUACCGGGUGAGUUUUAAAGACGUUACAUUUACUUCAGAUAUUCCCCGACCAACAAAAGACAUAUAUUUAGUUAAGGUACCAUUUUAAAAAAGAGGCCCUUUGAAAUGUGGCCACACACACCCCUCCCCACCCCCCUCCCCCCACCCCCCCCCCCAAAAAAAAGAUCGUAAGAUUAUUAUAAUUAUAUCAUCAAAAAAUGUCCAGUCGCGGAUGAAUACAACAAAGACAUGUCAAAAAAUCUGAAAAUUUUGUAAGCAUACACUCUUAUAAAUAAACAUAAACAAAAAAGUCAAAACUUUUGAUUCCAUGUCCGACAAUCUCCAUGUACCUUAUUUUUACCCCCCCCCCCCUUUUUCUCCACUCGUCCAUCAAAAAAACAAACAAACAAAAAAAAAAACCCCACCCACAUCGCUCAUUGUUGUUGCCGAUGUUGCUGGUCCUCAAACUAGCCCUUCAGACUGACCCAUGAAGAUUUCUUAUGAAUGAAAUUUUUUGAAGGUAUUCAUGGUUUGAAUCCAGGCGAUUUACUUCUUUAAUGUAAAUAGUCCACUCGCCGGUCCGUGUCUCCAUCCGCAUGGCCACCCAUACGCUCAAAGGAGCAAAUAAUUUACCCAAUCCACUUGCCAGUCAUCUUCGGGUCUUUUGGUCCCUACUCACCAAAUGAUUUAUCCACUUAUCAAUGUAUGUCUUAAUGGAUACGUCACAGUGACGCCAAUUUUAACUAUGGUGACACAUGAAUACAUCACAGUGACGCCAAUUUUAACUAUAGUGACACAUGAAUACAUCACAGUGACGCCAAUUUUAACUAUAGUAACACAUGAAUACAUCACAGUGACGCCAAUUUUAACUAUAUUGACACAUGAAUACAUCACAGUGACGCCAAUUUUAACUAUAGUGACACAUGAAUACAUCACAGUGACGCCAACUUUAACUAUAGUGACAUAUGAAUACAUCACAGUGACGCCAAUUUUAACUAUAGUGACACAUGAAUACAUCACAGUGACGCCAAUUUUAACUAUGGUGACACAUGAAUACAUCACAGUGACGCCAAUUUAACUAUAGUGACACAUGAAUACAUCACAGUGACACCAAUUUUAACUAUGGUGACACAUGAAUACAUCACAGUGACGCCAAUUUUAACUAUAGUGACAUAUGAAUACAUCCCAGUAAAGCCAAUGUUAAUUAGUGACACAUUGAUCCAUCACAGUCAAUUCAAUGUUAAUUAGUGAGACAUGAAUCCAUCAUAGUUAAGCUAAUUUUAAAUGUGGUACAUUUUAUGGAUUACUCUCAGAUAUUUUAUGGAUUACUCUCAGAUAUUUUAUGGAUUACUCUCAGAUAUUUUAUGGAUUACUCUCAGAUAUUUUAUGGAUUACUCUCAGAUAUUUUAUGGAUUACUCUCAGAUAUUUUAUGGAUUACUCUCAGAUAUUCGAUGGAUUUUAUGUGUCCUGUUAAUUUUCCAUAACCUUUUAUCCAUUUCCAAAUUUACUCUUCAAUCCUUCCCGUCAUCCAUCUAAUCCAUGUAUAUUUUCAUGUAUUCAUGGACCCAUCAUUUUUUGUCUUCUUUUUCAUCCAGUUUUAACACCACCUUCACCAUCAUACAACCAUCCUUAUUCUUCUACCCAUCCACUUACGAUAAAGGCACCACUCAAAAAUGAAUUUUCUCAUGUUCAUCUACACAGCCCCCAAAUUUGUUCAUUUUGUAUUAAAUAACCCCUAAAAACAAAGUCUUUCCUAUAAAUUAUUUAUAUGCAUUUUUAUUAUUUUAUUUUAUAUUAAUAUUCUAAGAUCUCCCCUCCCCCCUUUUCCCCGCUUUUACACCACAGAUUUAUUUCACCAUUUUUUCAGAAAAAUAACCGAAAAUAUUACGCAUCAAACGCACAUGCAAUAUAUUUUUCUUUAAAAGGAUCUCAUUUAGCGCAGUUUUCGGGAAUUUUAUUUCGCGAAAUAAGUGUCAUCAUAUUUCCAUUAAUUUUUCCUUUGAAAAAUAGGGAAAAACAGAUUUUCGGUUUGUUGAGGUUGGGGCUGAAAAGUUGAUAGAAUGUGUCGUCAUCGGCCACGACGAGUCUAUGUGCCAAGUUUCAGCUCGAUAGGUGGCACAAAUUAGGCAUCUUAUAAGUACGUUAUUUCAAUGCAUAUUUUGUCAAGUAACUUUAGUAAAUGGGAAGUUCAUGGCCGCCAUUGUUUUUCCCCCAAGGGAGUUAAGGAUAUAAAACCAUAAAUUGUACGAUUUUUUGCCUGCCAGCCAGGCAGCCUGCCAGCUAGCCAGCCAGGCAGCCAGCCAGGCAGCCAGCCAGGCAGCCAGCCAGCCAGGCAGUCAGCCAGGCACGAACAAAAUCGAAAUAAAUGUAAAGGAUUUAAAUGAAGUUGAAUGAAAUAAUAUUUCAUCGCAAUACAUGAACACGUAGGGAACAAUCCAGCCCGCUACGCUACCGUUGAAUGUGAAAAUAUCUGUACGAAACUUGGCAUCGUUAUUAUGCAACACAAAAGGUUGGGGUGGGGGGGCGACCUUAAAAAUUUUGAACUAUUGUUUUUACUUUGCCAUUACACUGAGUGACGCCCCAACUUACAUGAUAUUUGCCGUCCCUCUAUACUUAAUUACCCAUCGCCUGAAAUUAUGUUUGCCAUCUCUCUAUCAUUUAUAUCACAUAUAAAUCGUUCCCCUCUUUGGCCUAUUCAUUUAACAAGCAACACGUGCAUUUUUCAUUCAUUCCACCCACACACUCAUUCUUCUAUUUCUCAAUCGUUCUUUUAACCUGGUAUAUUUCUUUCAUCCACCCAACAAUUUAUUUUCUCUACCAAAAUUUAUCCUUCCAUCUCUUGAUCAGUCCACGUAUACAUCCAUCCAAUAUCCAUCCAUUUAUUCUUCUAUCUCUUUAUCCAUCCAUUUUUUUUUCUUUUAUUCCGACCGCUUGAUCCAAUCGAUAGGCUACUAAAGUAAACCUCAUUGAAUACCUUCUCUACCUCACAGCGUCGGGCGCCAGCAGCCAGUUCGACACCAACCACAAGAGCAAACAUACCUCGUGGGCAAAGACCAUCCAGGCGGAACCGUCCCCCAGCAUGAAAUCUUCUUCUGUUCCCCCUCGCCCCCCAGUCCCCAUCAUUAAAAAACUGGACUACCCCACAACUCCCGUCGCCGUGGACGUUGCCAUGGACACCGAGAUGAACACGUACCUCAACGCGCGCCUCACCGAUCUCACCGGGACCGGGAACCUCUCCGGGCGCGGCUCCGAUGAGGACUUCUUCCCGAAGACGUCGCCACCGGACGGCCUGCAGAGAGAGCUCACCAAGGCCUUCGACGUGGGCAGCGACAGCAAUUUAAACAGGACCAUAUGCAAGAGCCGGGACUUUGAGAUGGGAAGCGACGCGGACUACGGGCUGGACAUUUUGAAAGGCAGCGACGUCGACAAAGGGGCGAAGUUUUAUAAAAACUUCCACGCCGACGUCGGCAGCGACAGCCAAGAGGGGAGGGUCAUCAUUUCCCGGAAUAACUCCUACGACAGCAACGUCGAUACUUACGACAGAUUCGGGAGUGGGGUGGACUCCUCGGAAAACAACACCAGAAUAUUGACUAGCAGCGCGCCCGCUCGCUCCCGCGGAAUUGGUGUCGGAGGAGCCCUUACGGUGGUGGGGACUGCAUUUUCUAUAACUGGUGAAAGCGUGGUCGAGGAGAGUGAUCCUUUGUUGGAUAGUGAGUGCUGAGUGAUUCUUUGUUACACAGUGAGUGAUGAUUGGUCCACUGUUAGACGGUGCAGUGCCCAGGCGUUGCCGGCACUAGAAGCUUUGGGGGGGAAAAUAGAUUCAGAUCCGCUAGCUUUGAGUCGAGGUAACCAAUUCUGUUUCAUCUCGGUCCGUAUACACUUCGAGAUGCUACCCAACUUUCCUAAACGUUAUCCCCAUAGCUCAUGGGCAUUCUGCUGAAAGACGCCUGAGGAGAUAUAUAUCGGACUUAAUCUUCAUAACUGUUUCGCGUCUUACUUAAAGCUUCUUACAAAGUUUCGUGGACGGAUAUUUGUGGCAAUUGAUAUUGGUGCUUAGCACUACCAAUUCUCAGAUUAGACAGUGCAUGGGGC